CGCCUCGCCGUGCGUAUAUCGCCAUUGGCCAUCGGCCAUCGGAUCAACGAGAGAGAGACCCGUCGUCGGAACGAUCGUAGAGAGACGCGAGUGAGAGCGCCCGUGAUAAUUGAAAACCGGCGUUGAGGAGGACGCGUGGAGGAUAGAGAGACGAGAAGAAGAAAAAAAAAAUAAAUAAAUAAAUUUGUGCGCGAAGAAGAAGAGGAUUUUCGGGAAGGUGGGGAGCAGUGGUGGUUGGUGUCAAAGAGGAGCGCGGAAGGUCGAUGCUCCGCAAGGAAACGCGAGAAGAGAAGAAGUCAGAGAGAGAGCGGUAUUUUCUUCUUGUGCGAUCAACAGUGCAAACAACACACUUGGACGAAACACGUCGCGCGUUCGCGAACGAAAAACUGUUUUUUUUUCUUUUCCCCCCGCUCGGAUACGAUCUCUCAUUCAUUCGGAAGAGAGAUCCGACGAGAGAAGAGCAGCAAACGCGUCGAGAUUCGCGAACGAACGUUCGCUUCGUCGCGACGCUAAGGUGUGAGAGGUUCGCGCUCUCGAAACUCUUCGGAAACUUCGUUCUUCUUCUUCUGGAUUCGUGAACACGUGAUCAAUUGGCAAAAAACUACUACUGUAUACAGUGUACAACCUCGAGUUCUCAUCUGUCCAGCGGUUUUUUGUUCUCUUUUCGACAUCGGCGAUCUCUUCUCAUGCUGAGGAACAGCAAGAAAACUUUGUGUUUCGAAUCGAUUCUUUGUCAAUUGAAACGCUGGAUGUUCCGGCAUUGGUUCAAGUGUUAUCCGUUUCUUCUCGCGAAGAAGUUCCUCGAUCACGCAAAAACCUCGAUCACUCCCCGUCCCGAGCUUAAAACCCAAGACCGAGUGACCCCGCGUGUGGACAGGGGUGUCUCCGCGUCGCCGUGACAUGUACGUGCGUUCACCACGGUGUUCCUCGGGAUCGUCGUCGUCGACGGGACAGGCACACGGGACGGCGGUGCGCCGCGGAAGAACGAGACGUCAGAAACGAUCGCGAGGUAUCACGUGGGUCGUCGGCAACCCGAAGACGACGACGACGACGACGACGACGACGACGACGACGACAACCGGCGACGGGACAGGUUGAAAAGAUGCUGGCACUCGCGAUGCGCCGCGAACACUCGACCGGGCGCAGCAAUUACGAGCCGGCGAAUCCACUAGCGGGGUUCGAGCACCUGCAGCACAACAGCGGCGGCAACCCCUUCGCGGUGGUGCCCACCGCCGAGGGGCGAGUGCGCGACACCGGGACCAGACCGGAACCCGAGGGCGAGCUGCAAGAGUUCGUGGACAUUGCGCAGGUGCAGCAGCUGCUUCAGCAACAGCAGCAGCAGCAGCAACAACAACAACAACAUCAGCAGCAGCAGCAGCAGCAGCAGCAUCAUCAUCAUCAUCAUCAUCAUCAGCAACAGGCAACCACCGCGGCCGCGGCCGCGUCCUGCAUAUGGGGCGCGGUUUAUCCACCGCCGCCACCCGCUCUGGGAUAUCAUCACCAUCAUCAUCAUCAUCAUCAUGCGCCACCACCGUCAGGCGAGGACACGCAGUGCGGCACCGAGGAUACUGCCGUCGCCCAGGAAGGCGACCCGCUCCAGAGGAUGACGAUGGACGGCAUCGAGGUGGUCGGCUCGCAACCGCACGCCGCAGCCACCAGUCCGUUUCUGCUAUCCUCGCCGCCGCUCGGUCAUCAUCAUCACGCAACGUUUAUGCAGACGGUACAGACGGUACAGCUAAGCUUCGACGCGUGCUUACCGUAUAACGCGGCGUCAUCGUCGUCAAAUUCCGUAACUUGCGGAACCGGCAGCGGCGGCGUAGGCGGCGGCGGAACGCCGGUUAACGCGAUCUGCACCAAUUCGUCAACAAGCUGCAGCAGCAAAACCGCGGUCCCGACGCUUUCCCUGUCCUCGUGCGUGCCGUUGCACACGCAGUUACAAAUAACGCCGAUCGAUUCUCUGGGCCACAACCACGGCCGUCACAACCACCAUCAUCGAUUGGACGAUCAUCAUCGUCAGCAUCACUUGCAUACCGAAGCGUCCUCGCCGUCUGCCGAUGCCGCGGACGACAAGAGACACAGGCAGAACGAGGACGAGGACAAGGGAUGCAUCAGAAAUUGCCGAAACGACAUUCACGAUUCCAAUGAUAAGGACAAACCGGGUGAUUUAAACACACCGGUCACCACCAGCAGCGAUCUGCCGUCUUUCUUCGGUCCGUCUGCGCUUGUCGAACCGCCACCGAUCUCAGGCAGCCUGGCGGGCGAGGAUCUCUCUCUGGAAGAGGCGACCGCGGAGGAGGACGACAACGCGUCCGGCAGAGAUCAUCGACAUCAUCAUCAUCAUCAAGACACUCGGAACACCUCGAACGCACCUUCGUCGAGCAGUCCCCCGUCACGUCACCAUCAAACGCAGGACGAGGCGGAUCGCUGCAAUGUGUUGCAAGGUGGUGUAAUAUUGUACUCGUCACCGCAUUCCACGUCCAGCGUGCCUACGACCAGCGUGAACAUUUGCAACGUGCCAACGUUGACUUAUCGCGGCGUAUUUACCACGACCUGCACGCAGUCCUCGCCCCUCAACAAUCUUCAGAGCGAGCAGCAGCAGCAGCAGCAACAGCAACAGCAACCGGCGGCGAGCCAGGAACUGUGGGCUCCCUUACCCUCGCCGACCUUAACAUUGACGGGUCAGCCGUUCCUUCACCCCAAUCUACACUCGGCCGCGUACAGCGGCGAGACCGUCGAAUUGCUGCAGGUCGAUUCGAAGCCGCCCCCGCCGCCUGGUUAUCACGACACGCCAACCACCACCCCGACUUGGCUGACGGCGCACGAGGACGCUUACGAUCCCGGUCUCCUCUCCCACCAUCACUCGCACGCUCAUCAUCAGGAAACGACGUUGAAGCAGGAGCCAACUGGCACGUCCGGUUACACUCCCAAUGUGCAGCAGCCGCAACCAAGCCAGACGCAGACUCAGCAGCAACAACAACAACAACAACCUCCGCCAACCGCGAGCAACACGGGUGUCCAGUUAGCCGAAUACAAUCCGAGCACUUCGAAGGGUCACGAGAUACUCUCGCAGGUUUAUCAGCAGAGCACGAUACCUCUCAGAUUGGUGCCCGUGAAACCGCGAAAGUAUCCAAAUCGACCGAGCAAAACGCCUGUUCACGAACGGCCGUACGCUUGUCCGGUCGAUGGUUGUGAUCGGCGAUUCUCCCGCAGCGACGAACUCACCCGUCACAUUCGCAUCCACACCGGACAGAAACCGUUCCAGUGUCGCAUAUGCAUGCGCUCGUUCUCGCGGAGCGAUCAUCUGACUACCCACGUGCGCACGCACACCGGUGAGAAACCGUUCUGCUGUGAUCAGUGCGGACGCAAGUUCGCCAGGAGCGACGAGAAGAAGCGCCACGCGAAAGUGCAUCUCAAGCAGCGGUUGAAGCGCGAGGCGGCCCACGCCAAUCCGCGGAGUCAUCCGCAGAGCCACGCGUCGUCACCCUGCAAUCAAUGAAUGAAUUCCAAACGACGACAACGAUGCUGAGGAAUCUCCUCUUUGAGAUCUCAUUGCGUUUGUCACGUUAUUGACAAAUUGUGAUCUGUAUGUCUCCCCUUUCCUCCCUUUUUGGUGCUCUACUCCCCAAUCUCAUUCGCGAUUCCCUCCCCGUUUCCUUCCUCUCUCUCUUACUCUCCUCCUUCUCUUCUCGGCAGCCGCUUUCAUCCCUCGUCCUUGUAUUUCAUUCCUCAUUCUUCUUUUUUGAUGACCGAUGAUGAAAAGAAAUCGCGGAGACCUUCAGACGGUCAAAUCUCACCGUCACCGACUGAUCCGUCAUCUGUAUCGUCGGUCAAUCAGCCGUUUAUACUAUCUUAAUACAUAGCUGGAUACGAAAUAACACUGCGUGUUAUAUGCAGCGCAAAAAAAAAAAAAAAAAAAAAAAA